AUUUGUAUUUGAUAUAUCUAUCGUUUUUUGUAUUUGAUACAUCUGCUAUGCUUGUAUUUGAUAUUUCUAUCUCCUUUGUAUCAGAUAUAGCUGCCGUGUUUGUAUUUGAUAUAUCUAUCGUCUUUGUAUUUGAUAUAUCUACCUCCUUUGUAUUAGAUAUAUCUAUCGCCUUUCUAUCGUCUAUUGCGAUAAUUUUCUGCUUUACAACCUCGCGAGUAUUUUUAAAUAUCGCAUGUAUAUAUGGUUUGGGGCAAGGCGACAAGGCGAUAAUUAUCGCGUUGUCGCGUGUUAGUGAGACGAAAAUUAAAGUGGCACGAACACGCUUCCGUAAAACCGUGACCUUACACAACCCUGUUUAUCCACCUCGACUAGAACAUCUUAAUGAUAUAUGGCGAGUCGCACCAAUAAUAUUUAGGUUAUUUAGCAUCGUUCUGUACAAUACGGAGAUAUAUUUGGACGAGUACCCAACUCAGAAAACCAUAUUGGACGAGCCGCAAGGCGAGUUCAAUAUGGUUUUCCAAGCUGGGUACGAGUUCAAACAUAUCUCGUAUUGUACAGUACAAUGUGAAAUAAGCUUUUUAUUCCAUAUCAAUUUUAUAUUAGUUUAAAUUAAAAAUGGUUCACUGAAUAUUGUACUUCUGCCUUUUCUGCGACUGAUUUCAAGACGCAUAAUUAAACUUUGAACAUAGAGUGCCUACUUCACCCGAUUUGCAUUCGGAACAUUUUUCACGCGUUUCGAGCCUUAUCGUUUGUUUACACGGGACAGUUUUUACCGUCCAAAUACGGAAAUAAUACAGUUUUUUUUAACGCAUGUGCGUCCAGUACUGUAAUAUAUUGUAUGGACAUGUGUUGCAAAUAAACGUUCACGAUUGGAUAAAUAAAAAAGAUAUAGAAUAGAUAUGAAAUAUUUGAAUUUGAUUUAUACAUACUAAGAAAUCCUCAAAAUAAAGGUCUAUAUAAGCCAUCGGUUUUUGAUCCUAUCCUAAGCGUAUUUCUGAAUUUGAUAGAUUGUAUACAAUUUGUAAGCUAUGUAUUUCGCUAAUAAAAUAUUUUUAAACCAAAUACUCAAAAUAGUACAUGUAUCACAAUGAAACACUAUAACCAAUUUUAUCAAAUUUCAUAUUAUCUUCUCUUUCGAGUCUUUUGUAUAUUUAUCGUUUAAUUUAGUCUGACCUGACCGACAAAACCUUAUCGAGUUUGUUCUUAUCUCGAGGAACAAAAUUACUCAAAAGACGGCCAGUCAAAAGUGACUUUGUUUUCCAUGAUCUCGUCAAUAAAUGAAUGAUGUUAAAAGAAAUUAUUAUUAUUUUUUCCGUAAGUUUGCUUGUUGCCGGCGACCAUGUUCCCACAAAAGUGGAUACGCUUGAUUCGGGUUCAGGUGAAAGCAUUUUCCAUGAUGUUUUAAAACGUCUGGAAUCACUAGAAUCAAAGCUUCGCCAGCAAGCAGACGACAACGCUAUGCUACGACAGACUGUGACGGACCUUAAAGAAGAGAACGAACAACUUAGGAAUCAGAUAACUGUACUGCAUGCGCGUCAACAAGCACGUGAUAAUGACAUGGACAAUCUCCAAGAAUAGAUGAAAGUGUUGGAAGCACGUGACCAGGAACGCAGCAAUGAAAUAAAUAACAUCAUUGACUCUAUCAGACAGCCUACAGGGAAUGUAGAUGCAGUUCAGAGUGAAAAUAAAGAUGUCACGAAGCAACCAGAACAGAAGACUGCUGAACGUAGUACAAGGAGCAUACAACGACGGCAAAAUGAGAGGAACGUUGCUUUUUUCUCCACUCUCGGUCCCCAUCUUCAACAUCUUGGAGCUAAUCAAAUUAUCGCAUUCAAUCGGGUCAUAACCAACAUAGGCAAUGCUUACAACAGCCACGCAGGGGAUUUUAGAGCACCUGUCUCCGGAACGUACGUGUUUUCUGUCACGCUAAUGGCCUAUGAUUCUCAUGAUACACAUUACAACCUCGUUCAGAACGGUACAACCGUGGCCAAUAUUUACGUUCGUGGCACAGAAGCACCAUUCUCAAGUUCAAGUAUGACCGCAGUUCUUCAACUGAAGCAAGGGGAGGAUGUCGCUAUUAGGAACGUUGACACAGAUGAAUAUCUCCAUGGUGGUUACUAUAGUACAUUUUGUGGCUUUCUCCUCACCCAAGAAUACACAGGUUUAGAUAUCGUUGGAAAGUAGAUUGAUGAAAUGAAGAUUAACAAGCAUUUAUUGUGUUCGUGUGCCUUAUCCUCAGCGAGUCCAGAGCGCCAGUUGACGUCGUUCUCCUUUUAGCAAAAGUGUUUUAUAUAUUCUUACAAGAGCAUUUUUGUGUUUUGCAUAUUGCGCCUUUAGUUGCCAAUACGUCUGUCGAGGAUUCGCCUUGUGGGAAUAUCUUUUACUUGCACUGUCCUGUAACUCGGAUAAAGUUUAGCAAAAUUAACUACUUUUAAAAAUAUCCAGUGGUGUUGCUGCCACUGACAGUUCCAUGGGGACGGCCCACUGUGUUCUUAAAUGUGUUUUUGUCUUUGUUGUCUAAUAUUUUUGAUGAUGAAGUUACAUUUUUCACUUCCUGUCAUUGCUACCUUCCGCAUUAAAAUACCUUCAAUGGA